UUAAAAGAAUCGUUCUUGGAAAUAUAUAUACCUCGCAUCCUUCAUUUUCCUUUUUCCUUUCUCUUUCAAUAUAACCACGUAAUGCUCGACAACAACGUCAGUUGCAAAGCGCAUACGUUGAUCCUUAAAAAAAAAUUAUGAUGAGAAUUCUAUAAUGAUUCUUAUUGGUACUAAAACUCAAGACAACGUUUUAUUCUGGUUGUCGUAACCACGCUAAUAAGUAGGUCUCACGCCGUUAGUCUUCUUGAGGAAAUCACGCGAACAAAGUUAUCCUUGUCGACUGGCAACUACUUAAUUUGAUAGAUAACAAAAAACAUCAGGAAAUAUAAAGAAAGAAAGAAAAAGAAAUAAUCAAGGAAAGAGAAUUUCCAUUCAUAUUUUCUUCGAAUGAAAUUUGGAACUUUGCAAAGAACAGAAUUUAGUCUCUUUCUUUCUCUUGUUGGAAUAUAAGUGUUCUAUAACGAAAGUUCUAUAACGAAAUCGAGUAUUCAAGAAAGGGACACUUUCCUUGCGGUUUCAACGUUACGCGAUUGAUUACUUCAAAACAUUGUGAGAACGAAUCGAAUAAAACAAGUUUCAAUAGAUAGAAUAGCUCAAGGAUAUAUAUAUAUAUAAGAGGAAAAAAAAAUGAUCCUAUUAAUCCUUCUAUACUUUUUGAUGAUUUUUGGUGUUACAACAAGUAAAACGUGUAACUCGAACAACGGUGAUGAAUUUCAGCAUUCUCACGUAAGUUUAAUUAUAUCACCGAUUAUAUCAAAAUCAAUGAUACGUGAACUGGAAAUUUAUUGGAAUCAUCCAAAGUAUCGAUCGGAUAGCGACAAGAUCGCACUUUACACUGAUGAUCCAGCAAAUGGAUUAGAACCGAUUUUUACUUUGGAACCUAAAUCAUCGAGUGGUAUAAAGAAUACAGGAAUUCAAGCUGAGUAUUUACCUACUAAAAAUUUGACCUUCCAAGGACAAUGUCUCAAUUAUUACGUUGCUUGGUUGAGAAAUGGUGUCCUGAGGAAAGUGAAUUGUCUUAAGACGUAUCCUAAUUGGAUGGCUGAAAGAAAAGAUAUUCUAGGUCCUCUUAGAAUGAAUAAAAUCUUUUUACCAGGUACUCACGAUUCGGCAUCUUACGCGAUCCACAAACUGGCUGCUGAAGAGGACAUUAUUGAUAAAUAUGUUAUAACGCAGGACAUAGACGUACUCGCGCAAUUGAUAUACGGGGUAAGAUACUUGGACAUCAGAGUAGGAUAUUAUCCACGCACGAAUGAAAUUUGGUGGGGUAAUCAUGGAAUCAUACGAUUAAUACCAUUAAAAGUUAUCAUCGAACAAGUAAAAAUAUUUCUCAAUAAUACAGAGGAAAUCGUGAUCUUCGACGUUCAAGAAUUUCCCGUUGGAUUUCAAAAAAAUGUAUCCAUACAUCAUCAGUUCGUUAAAUAUUUGGAGAAACAAUUUGCAGAUUACUAUUUACCUUAUAGAACUGGUUGGCUUACAACAUUAAAUACAAUUUGGUCCUCGAAAAGGAGACUGAUUAUUGGCUAUGAUGAAAAACAAAUUCUCAGUUUAUAUGAGAGUCUAUGGCCUUGCGUUACGCAUCAAUGGGGUAACGUUCAAACUAUCGAUGAUUUAUAUCGGUAUCUUAAUCGUAUCGAAACAUCGACUGCUCGGGACUACAAAAUAACGCCGAGAUCUGCAAUGGCGGAAUUAACUCCUAAUAUGUGGGACGUGAUUUGGAACAGAUUAGGAGGUCUUCGUCAAAUGGCUGAUAAAGUCAAUGCUAAUGUCACCAAUUGGUAUGCCACUAAAUGGCAGCAUACAGCUAACAUCGUCGCUGUUGACUUCGUAAGAAGUUCUGGUAUCAUAGAGACUUCUAUCGAAUGGAACGAUAGACGGAAUUCUAACUGUUAAUAAACAAUAAAUUCUACAUAAUGUUUCAUUUGAUAUUUUCUCACAAACUGUGAAAGAAUUAGUUAGAUAGAUAAUCCCUGUUCUUUUUUUUUUGUCAUCUUCUAUUAUCAACGAUUUUAGUUUUAUUAGCUCAUUCCUGUUUUCCCUCGUUUAAUCUCGUAUUAAAAAAAAAAAAAGAUGAAUCGUAUAAUACGUAUAUAACUUUUUACGUGACAAAGAGAUUUCCGGCGGAAGAAGAAA